AUGAAAAACGACCGUUGGGGAACGAUUGGCUUGCGUGGAGAUUUCCCUCCGCCCCUUCUUCGAUGGCACAGUCCAAACCGGCCUUCUUCGGACGCCUUUGCUUCGCCUCCACUCUUGGAUUGGAUCUCCAGCAUCCACUCCAGCAGCAUUUGCUUGACUGGACACACAACCAGCAACCGCACAAGAAGCAAACAAGAAACAAAGCAAAACAACCAAACGGCAAUCAUGUCGGCAAUGGCAAAGAGGCAAAAGGAGAAGGGCGAUGCGUUCAUCGCAGAAGCCGAGCAGAAGCUGAGCAAAUCGAAAAGCUCAUGGUUCUCCUCUUCAAAGGAGAAAAAGUACGAAGAGGCCGCGGAGUCGAUGGAGCAAGCCGCGAAUGCCUACAAGGUCGGAGGAUUUAAUCAGGAAGCAGGAGAGGCAUAUCGAAGGGCUGCUGAGAUUCAUCGUGAUCAAUUGACCAACCUCAAUGAAGCCAGCAAAGACAUGGCGGCAGCAGGAAAAUGCUUUACCAAGAGCAACCCCGAGGAUGCCGUCAAGGCGUUUAGUGAAGCAGUUGCACUCUACACCGACAAUGGUCGAAUUACGCAGGCCGCCAAGCUCUGCAAAGAAUGCGCCGAGCUGUAUGAGAAUGAAGAAGUCAGCACGGAUUCCGAAAAGUCUUCCAUUGUGCUGGCCAUUGAAUCCUACGAGCAAGCUUCGGAAUUGUUUGGCAUGGAAGAUGCCAAGAGUCAGUCGUCCCAGUGCCUAGCAAAAGUUGCCGAGCUCUGCUCGGGAGCUUUGGAUCCUCCCGAUCUUACGCGUGCCGCCCAAAUAUACGAUGAUUUGGGACGGCGUUGCCUUGAUUCCAAUUUGUUGAAAUUCAAUGCCAAGGGGUAUUUUUUGCAGUCCACACUCUGCCAUUUGGCCAGUGGUGAUCCCAUUGGCGCCACCCAGGCAUUGCAGCGUUACGAAGGAGUCGAUUAUACCUUUGGUGAAUCACGAGAAGGAAAAUUCGCACGACAACUGGUCGAAUGUGUGGAAAAUUACGAUACCGAAGGAUUUGGUACCGCCUGCUUUGAAUACGAUAGAAUUUCCAAACUGGAUCCCUGGAAGACAUCCAUUUUGGUCAAAGUGAAAAAGACAAUCGACGAUGAAGCUGGUGGAGGCGGCGGCGAUGGAGAAGAGGAUGAUUUUGAUCUGACCUAA